CUUCCGUUCCAUUGUCAAUGGCAAGAUGUCAAGGACUUGUUUCGCAAUGCUGGCAAUAUCCUUAGGGCAGAUGUUGUGCAAGGUCCUGAUGGACGUAGUAGAGGAUUUGGCACAGUGUUGUUUGCUACGCACGAAGAUGCCAAAAAGGCCAUGGUGAUAUAUGAUGGAUUCGAGUUCCAUGGCCGACAAUUGCGGGUGCAUUUUGAUAAAUUCGCA